AUGGACACCUCAGGCAAAGCAAUUACAUGCCGUGCGGCCAUUGCCUGGGCAACAAAUUCUCCUCUUUCAAUUGAAGAAGUUCAAGUUGAGCCACCAAAGGCUGGGGAAGUUCGUAUUAAGAUGCUGUCUACAGGGAUCUGUGGUACUGAUGAACAUGUCCUCAAUGGAGAACUCCCCAUGAAAUUUCCUUUGAUCCCAGGCCAUGAAGGAGCGGGGAUUGUGGAGAGUGUUGGCAACGGAGUAACAUCUGUGGAGCCAGGAGACAAAGUCCUCACACUCAUUAUUCCACAGUGCAGAGAAUGCGGUUCCUGCUUGAACCCCCAAGGAAACUGCUGUGAAAAGCAAGAUGUUCUACCCUCUACUGGAUUAAUGGUGGAUGGGACCAGCCGAUUUACCUUCAAAGGAAAAAAGAUUUAUCAUUCUUUCCGCACAAGCACAUGGACCGAAUAUACUGUUGUGCCCGAAUUUGCAGUGGCAAAAAUUGACCCUGCUGCUCCUAUGGAUAAAGUGUGCCUUAUAAGCUGUGAGUUACCAACAGGCUACGGGGCUGCUGUUAAUGCAGGCAAGGUGACUCCAGGUUCCACCUGUGUAAUCUUUGGACUUGGAGGAAUUGGCUCUGCCAUCAUCCUGGGCUGCAAAGCCUCCGGUGCUUCUAGGAUCAUUGGGGUUGACAUCAAUGAAGAGAAGUUUCCCAAGGCGAGAGAAUUGGGGGUCACUGAUUGUCUCAACCCUCAGAAGCUCAAGAAGCCAGUCCAGGACGUGGUAGUAGAAAUGACAGGAGCUGGUGUUGACUUUGCCUUCGAGGCCAUUGGACGCAUUGAUACCAUGACUGCUGCUUGGGAUUCCUGCCACAAGAGCUAUGGAGUCUGUCUGAUUGUUGGGUUGGCGCCAGCACAAACACAGCUUUCCUUAGAUGCACCAAUGAUUGUCACCGGAAGAACACUGAAGGGCGUAUGUUUGGGAGAAUAUAAAACCAGAGACUGUAUUCCUCAAUUAGUAACUGACUACCUGCAAAAGAAAAUUAAUAUAGAUCCAAUAAUAACCCAUCAGCUACCUUUUGAUAAACUCCAUGAAGCCCUUGAGCUGUUUCAUGCUGGAAAAACCAUCCGCUGUGUCCUGCUGUUCCGAGGCAACAAAUGA